UAAACAUCAAUAAUUGAUGUUGAUAGAUUGAUGUCACAAUUAUUGUGACACUAAAACUUCUAAGUGAAACAAAUUUUUAUGGUCGAAAUGAACUUUCUAAGACCAGCCAGGUCAAUUAUGCGAGUUUUCACAAGAAAAAUGGGCUAUGGGAUUGAAAAUCGCGAUCCCUAUUGGCUGGAACGUAUCGGAACGCGAGACUGGGUUGGGCAUGGUUGCAACAGCCUUCCGAUCUACGCGGACCAAAUGGCGUUUCCAUUCCCCGCGAUCCGUUGGAAGGAAACCACCCCAGAGUUACAAGGUCUCUAUGAGAAAUCUAAGGGCGACUGGAGACUGUUGACCAAAGAGGAGAAAAAGACACUUUAUAGGGCGAAUUUUUGUCAAACUUUUGCUGAAAUGAAAGCGCUUAAUGGUGAUUUUGCUGAACCUAUGGGGCAUGCUUUGCUGCUCUGCUCAGCCGGGAUGUUGAUCUUCAUUUACCUCCAGUUGUUCGUCUACGAAGAAUUACCGGAAUCUUUUUCACCGUCGUCGCAAAGGGCUCAGUUAAGGCGACAAAUCGACUUACACAUGAACCCCGUUCGGGGUUUAUCGUCUUAUUGGGACUAUGACAAGAUGGAUUGGAAGUCUGAAUAUCGCUCCUGGAGGACCCCUCCCAAUCCGUUUGUGAAGUGUGAUGAUGAUUAGGGAAUAAUAUUUUAUAAUAAUUUAAUAGAAUAAAAUUUACUUAUUUAAAUCAAAAA